AUGGAGUCUGAGGACGAUAUGCACGACGCCAACGAGGUAGCGUCGGUGGAGGAGGAGGAUGACUAUUACAGCGGUGGCGAGGAGGAAGAGGGGGAUAUGGAUGAGGAGGGGGGAGCUGAGGAUGACUAUGACUAUAGCUAUGAGUACGGGGAUGAGGAGGACGACGAUACCGGUGACUACGACUUCAUCGCGAAUUACUCCGAUGACGGCGAUGAUGUCCUCGCUAGUCGGUCGCAGAAGAACUAUACCAUAUUAAAGGAAGAAGAUAUACAGCAACGUCAAGAGGAAGACAUUACCAAAAUUUCUACCGUCCUUUCAAUUCCAAGGGAAGCAGCUUGCAUACUAUUGCGUCGCUAUAACUGGAGUGUGAAUAAUGUGCAUGAAGAAUGGUUUGCUAACGAAGAAAGAGUUCGUAAAGCUGUUGGCAUUUUGGAGAAACCUCUUGUUAAGACAACAAAUUUUAAGGAAGCAACCUGCGGGAUCUGUUUUGAAAACUACUCUUGUGACAAUCUGCGUUCGGCUGCAUGUGCCCAUCUGUUCUGUGACGCGUGCUGGAAAGCUUACAUUAGUACAUCCAUCAAUGAUGGCCCUGGCUGCUUGAUGUUGAGGUGUCCUGAUCCAUCCUGUGGUGCUGCUGUUGGCCAUGAUAUGAUCGAUAAGUUGGCCCCUGAUGAGGAUAAGGAGAAGUAUCGCCGUUAUCUUCUUAGAUCUUAUGUUGAGGACAGCCGUAAGAUUAAGUGGUGUCCUGCACCUGGUUGUGAUUCUGCUGUGGAAUAUGUUGUUGGUAGUGGAAGUUAUGAUGUCACAUGUAGUUGUUCGUAUAGCUUCUGUUGGAAUUGCACGGAGGAAGCUCAUCGGCCAGUGGACUGUGAAACUGUGGCAAAGUGGGUUUUGAAAAACAGUGCAGAGUCGGAAAACAUGAAUUGGAUAUUGGCCAACUCCAAGCCUUGUCCAAAGUGCAAGCGUCCAAUUGAAAAGAAUCAAGGUUGCAUGCACAUGACUUGCACACCACCAUGCAAGUUUGAAUUUUGCUGGCUGUGUCUUGGUUCAUGGUCAGACCAUGGUGAGAGAACAGGAGGUUUCUAUGCAUGCAACCGUUACGAAGCGGCGAAGCAAGAGGGAGUGUAUGAUGAAGCUGAGAGGAGGAGAGAGAUGGCUAAGAACUCUUUGGAAAGAUACACUCAUUAUUAUGAGCGAUGGGCUUCAAACCAAUCGUCAAGGCAAAAAGCACUUGCUGAUCUGCAUCAAAUGCAAAGUAUACAUCUUGAGAAGCUUAGUGAAGUACAGUCGCAACCUGAGUCACAAUUGAAAUUCAUUAUUGAAGCUUGGCAACAGAUAGUUGAGUGUAGGAGGGUACUAAAAUGGACCUAUGCAUAUGGCUACUAUCUCCCUGAGCAUGAACAGACCAAGAAGCAGUUUUUUGAGUAUUUGCAAGGUGAGGCGGAAGCGGGUCUGGAGAGGCUCCAUCAGUGCGCAGAGAAAGAGCUGAUGAACUACCUCAAUUCUGAUGGUCCAUCAAAAGAUUUUAAUGAUUUCCGCACGAAACUUGCUGGUCUGACGAGUGUGACACGAAAUUACUUCGAGAACUUGGUUAGAGCACUAGAGAAUGGUCUUUCAGAUGUAGAUUCACAGGCAGCAUGUAAUAAGACGAGCUCAAAAAAUGUGGCCGGGAGCAGCAAGGCUAAAGGUGGAAGGGGGAAGGGAUCUUCCAAGACAGGCACAUCAGUCAGAAACAUGGAUGAUUCAGGUAAUUGGGCAUGUGAUCAGUGUACCUAUGUUAACGUCAGAUCUGUAUCUACCUGCCAUAUGUGUCACCACCGCCGUUGAACAGUGGCAUGAAACAGAACAUCUAUCUGUCUUAUUAUUAUGUAACGCAACAGAUUGUGAAAGACAGGAAGUACAAGCAAGGUUUGUCAAGUGUUGCUGUUUCUGGAAACAUUUAGGGGCGUUUCCUGGUGCUUGUUCCAUCAAAAUGUUGUUAUGUAAAUAGUUUAUGUAUCAAGUUAAAUGAAGAUACCUUCACAAAACUUUGAUCCCUCGUGGACUUGAUUCCAUAGAAACAUCAAAGAUAUGCAGAGGUGUACUGAAUUGAAUUAUGGUCUCAAACAUGGUUGGAUGAAAACCCGAAUGAGGUAAUCCUUGAUUCUGAUAAAUAUCAUUAUGCGUGUAAUAAUAGGCCGUACUAAUAUUUUCUCUUGGC